GAUGUGAAUUCAUCUGAGGAUGUUGGAGGGACUGAUAAAAAUGUUAAGGAUGUUGAGAAGCCGAAGGGCGAUGAGUCUCGAUUGAAGGGGGACGAUUUCUUUGAUGGGUUGAGCCAGCUUGUAAUAGAUGAUGAUCAAGUUGUGUUGGCUGGCUUGGAGGCUGUUGCUAAAAUCAAUGUAAGUUUACUUUUAAUUGUUUUCAAAAAAACUAGGUUUCUUUUUGGUUGCUCAUUAGUUUCUAGUAUGUUUUGCAACUGUUUUAAUGCAUUCUUUAUUUUUUAGGUCCCCGCACCCAAUCCAGAUGUUAUUGGUGAAAAGUCAGAUGCCCUUCAUACUGAUGAAGAAACUGAGGAUACUGUCUCUGAUACACCUCUGUUGGAUAAGAGGAAGCGUGCUCCGGCCUUGAAAUCUCCAUUUGUUGAUUUCGGGUCUGCUGAUGUCGGGAGCACUCCAAUGGAGCUUAUGUCCUCAGGUUCUCAAUCGGUAGGGGAUGAUAGGGAUUUCAAAAUGGUGACUUAUGUGAAGGGCCUUUAUGCUCUUAAUGAUGCUUUUGCUGAUCCCGUAUCUACCGAGAUUGAGGCAAAAUUUGACUCUUGGAUUGGUGAAGGAUUGCUUAAACAUCCUAGGCAUUAUAAUUGUUAUGAAGACGGCGCAAAGAAAUUUACCCCGGGUUUUAGGCUAGGUGUUGAUUAUGUUGAGGAUAAAACUUGGUUUUACCAUUUGGCCACAUGCGACAUGUUUAUGAACGACUCGCAUAUGAACACCAUAUUCUAUUACCUUCGGAAAAAAGGUAAGUAUUCUUCCGCUGUGACGUUGAAUUUCGCAACUACUGAUUGUCUUUUUGAUGAUUCCAUCCAAGCAUUGUACCACAAAUUUAACAAGGCCAAGUCAAUGAAGACUAAGAUGUCACACAUUCACGCUGUCCACCCAAUUGCGCAUUACAUCCGAGGUAUGCGCAUUCCCUGUUCCAAGCCUUGGUAUGAAGCCGAUCACGUGCUUUUCAUCAUCAAUUUAAGAAGGGAAAGUCAUUGGGUUUUUGGGCGUCUUGACGUGAACGAAGGGACGUUGUUUCUGUACAAUUCUUUGAGAACCGCGAAGAUGAAUGCCGCAGCUAGGAAUGCGAUGAAGGCUUAUUCCAUGUUGCUGCCUUUGUUUUUCGAUUUACUUGGGUUCUGGAAGAAUAGAGCACAAGCUCCUGCCUCAGUUUCUGACCCUACAGCUCCAUUCAGAAUCGUGGAGCUUAGUGGUCUUGCGUCUCAACAGAAGAAGUGAGUGUUUCUUUUAAGUUUCUUUUAUGUUGUUUUUUAGUUUCUAAACUGUUUAUUUUUUCUCUAUGUUUUUUAACAGUGAUUGUGGAGCAUAUGUUGCUGCCUUUGCUGAAUUCUUUAUACACGGAAAGGAUGUCCCUGCAGACUUUGACAUCGAAGUUUAUCGUACCCGACUUGCUUCACUUUUCUACUCGUACGGACAAAGGAAAAUUGACGAAAGUAUUGACAGCGAGGAUGAGAAGCAAACCAAGUCUUCUAAGGCAUCUAAAUUGAAGAAAUAGGAUCUUUUAAUUUGGUGGCUGUAUUCUGUUAUUUGUUGAAUCUAUUUACUUGACAAGUUUUAGUGUUGUUGUUUCAAUGUAGGUAUUAUAUUUGAUUUUAUACUAUGUAGCUGGUUUAAAACUUUUAGGAUAUUUGACAUUCACUCCUUAUAAUAUCUUUAUUGUAUAGGUUUGUAUUUCCCAAAGUUGUUUGUUUUUUUUAAUUGUUCUAGUUCUUAUAUGCGGUCGCACAACUAUGGAGAAACUAUUAACCAACUGAAUACAAACUAUGUUUUCAUUUUUCCUAAAUAGUGCUAUGAAUGUAUUUUUAUUAUUCGUAUUCUAUUAAUCCUUUUCCCUUUAUUCAAGUUAUGUUUUAUCAAUUAUUGACUGACUGCCUUUAAAACUGUGAAGAAGAAGUCAUUCCGGCACUUAAUAUUUUACAAAGGGUCGCAACUGUAACAAAACGAUUUUGAAACUAUUAAAAAACUGUUUCAAAUUCCAUAAAA